AUGCGCGUGUACGUCUUCGUCGCCAUCUUCGUCCGUGAAGUCAGCUUUUGCUUUGCAGUCAGAUUGGGAGAAACAAAUUGUACCGUUUUAGACACGAAUGGUCGUGAACCACUUUGCACGCCAGCGCAUAAGGCUUACACGAUCCCCAAUAGAGCGCUAAGAAAUAAUGUCGCACUUGUGGAGAAUGAGGCCCACGUUGAUGAUAAUGAAAAGGAAGCAAGAAUGCAAAAUAUAGAACCGCUUGAAGCUUUAAUGAAGCCACAUCUAUCUGGUGAUACGAUGAAAGAGAUGCAAGAAAUUUUGAACAACGCUCUCACCAUGCCUACGGCUCAUUUGGAUAAAAACAAAAUCGUCGGCAGAAGCUAUGAUCCGCGUGGCAUGCUUCAAGAUAUGCUUGCAAGGAACCGUGAAUUACGUCCCAACGUGAUCGUAGAGAAAUGGCUUGAACAAGUUGUACACCACAAGAACUUCGAUCAAGAACGUGACACGAUUUCAGAAAAACUGCUUCUUGCCUUGGAAGAACUCAUGCAAUCACAGAAUGCAGAAGAACUGAUGUCCCAAGUGAUAACGGUGUUAGAAACUUUUCGAGUCCAGCCAAAAUUCAAAUCCUUCGCAGAGAAUUUCGAGCGACUUAUUGUUGUAAAACGAAAGUAUAAAGUUUUGGUCUUCCAAAACUGGAUAAAGAACAUCAAUCUGGAAAAUGCUUUUCGUAUUCUCGUAGGCGUCGGAAAAAUCACCAAUCAUGAAACUCCGCUUCUUUGGGUGUGGUUUGACUACAUCCAAUAUGAACAAGCUAUCUCAGAAGAGGAUGAUCUGAGAUUGAAACUCUCUUACAUCAUUGACUUUAAGAGAUCUAAUCAAUGUCCCGGCACCGUGCUGCUUCAGGGGUUGACUUAUAAGCGCACAUUUAUUCAGCUGGUGGAGAAGAUAAAAUCACUGAAUCACGUCUCGAAAACUUUUUUGGAAGAGUCACCGCUGAGCAAUACAAAAACAACCUUCUUGCUUUAA